AUGAUGGACAUUGGUCUUACAGAUCCUUGGAUCACACUAACCAUUAAAGCUCCAAACCAACAAAUCAAUGACCACACAAUAAAAUGUAAACUGGAUUGGUCUGUAGCAAAACUCAAAGGGUACAUUCAUGAAACUUAUCCAAACAAACCAAAAACAGAAGACCAAAGGUUAAUAUAUUCUGGUCAACUCUUAACUGACGGUGUUAUUCUAAAAGAUGUUUUGAGACCAUAUGACGAUGAUGGACAACUCAAUCGUACUGUUCAUUUAGUUUGUUCAUCUUCAUCUUGUUGUAUCCCACUUAAAGAAAAACUUAAAAGUGAGGAAAUUGUGAAAGAAAUCAAUGGUAAAAGCCCUAAAUUGAAUGAAGUUAACUAUGGUGCUAGUACUUCUGGAAUUAGUACCUCUGCUGCAGAUACUAAUCAAGAAGUUAGUACGUCUUCAAACAAUAAACAAGAUACUAAACCCACCAAAAAUCAAACCAAAUCUAAAAAUAAUGUUAACCGCAGUCCAUUGACACCAGAACAACUAGCUCUUGAGCAAAUACUGUGGGUGAAUAAAAUGUAUGCUGUUCAAAUGGCAGAAUAUUGGCAAUCAGUUGCAUCAAGUUUAGGUGCUCCUAUACAAUUAAAUACUCCAACUGUCAAAAAUGAAUCUCCCCCUCCAGAUGUACCAAUUAAUAAUAAUAACAACAAUCAACCAGCAGACCAAAACAUUCCUGCUAAUAACCCAAAUAUAAACAUACAAGAUGCUGGGCCCAAUCAAGAUUGGUUAGAUUGGUUAUAUGUAUCCAGUAGAGUAUUUAUUUUCAUAAGCGUUAUCUAUUUCUAUUCAUCACCUGGCCGUUUUCUUGUUGUUGCUGGCUUUGCACUAAUAUUAUAUUUGUACCAAAGUGGAAUUUUGAGACACCUUCAUGAGCAUAAUAGAAGGAGGUUUCAACUUGAACAACAAGAACAGCACGUUGAUGACAACAGGAAUUUGUCACAAGAGCAGAAUGGAAAUAAUGAAGACACAACAGUAAGACAAAAUGAACGUUUAAUAACUACGUUAUGGACAGUUGUUAGUACAUUUUUUACUUCUCUCAUACCACAACAACCGGAUAUAAUAUAA